GGGAUCCGAUACAAAAACCCUCGUCAAAUUUGUGUGUUUUUUCCUUCUACCUCCCCGCUAUCUUUCCCGUCGGCGCUUCCACUUCCGAGCAGCAGGGAAGAAGAGGAAAGCUUGCUCUGAGCUGAAAUCUUAGCUCUCUCACAUCUCUCUCUACAAUGAACUGCUCAAUUUCUGGCGAGGUGCCGGAGGAGCCGGUUGUCUCCACGAAGUCCGGUUUGCUCUUCGAGAAGCGUUUAAUUGAACGACACAUCUCGGAUUAUGGUAAAUGUCCAGUUACUGGAGAGCCUCUGACAAUGGAUGAUAUUGUCCCAAUCAAAACAGGAAAGAUCGUGAAACCCCGACCUGUACAGGCUGCAAGUAUUCCUGGGAUGUUGGGAAUGUUUCAGAUUGAAUGGGAUAGUUUGAUGCUAUCAAAUUUUGCACUGGAGCAACAAUUACAUACUGCAAGACAAGAGUUAAGCCAUGCACUCUACCAGCAUGAUGCUGCUUGCCGUGUGAUUGCAAGGUUGAAGAAGGAAAGGGAUGAGGCAAGGGAAUUGCUUGCCCAGGCUGACAGACAACUACCCAGUGCAGCAGCCAUGGAAAGUGCCGAUAAUGCUACUACCUUAAGCAAUGGGAAAAGAGCUGCUGAAGAUGUGGAGAUGGAUCCCGGAGGCAAGAGAAUUCGUCCUGGGAUUUCAUCAGCUAUUAUUACAGAGCUUACAGAUUGUAAUACCACCCUUUCACAGCAAAGGAAAAAGCGACAGGUUCCCCCGACAUUGGCUCCUUUGGAUACUCUGGAGAGAUACACCCAGCUGAAUAGUUACCCUCUUCACAAAACCAACAAACCAGGGAUACUCUCUUUGGACAUCUAUUACCCUAAGGACAUCAUUGCAACUGGUGGAGUUGACACUAAUGCUGUUGUCUUUGACCAACCUUCAGGACAGAUUAUAUCUACACUAAGUGGUCACUCGAAGAGGGUUACCAGUGUCAAAUUUGCUGGUGAAAGUGAAGUGGUGGUUACUGGUUCUGCUGAUAAGACUGUUCGUGUAUGGCAAGGAUCAGAAGAUGGAAGCUAUGCUUGUAGACAUGUUUUGAAAGAUCACACUGCAGAGGUGCAAGCUGUCACUGUCCAUGCAACCAAUAACUAUUUUGUGACUGCUUCUCUUGAUAAUACUUGGUGCUUUUAUGAACUUGCUUCAGGUUUAUGCCUUACUCAGAUUGGAGAUUCUUCAGAAUCUGAUGGCUAUACAUCUGCAGCCUUUCAUCCUGAUGGUCUGAUUCUUGGAACUGGAACAACUGGGGCUAUUGUGAAGAUUUGGGAUGUUAAGAGUCAGGCAAAUGUUGCACGAUUUGAUGGCCAUGUUGGAGCUGUUACUGCCAUCUCCUUUUCUGAAAAUGGUUAUUUCUUGGCAACUGCAGCUCAAGAUGGUGUCAAGCUCUGGGAUUUACGGAAGUUGAGGAAUUUCAGAAACUUCUCUCCUUAUGAUGAAAAUACACCAACCCAAACAGUUGAAUUUGACCACAGCGGAAGUUACCUUGCAUUGGGAGGCUCAGAUAUAAGGGUCCAUCAAGUUGCUAGUGUAAAGUCAGACUGGAACAGCAUCAAAACAUUCCCCGACUUGUCAGGAACAGGUAAAGCCACGUGUCUAAAAUUCGGUCCAGACGCCAAAUACAUAGCUGUUGGAUCGAUGGAUCGAAACCUCAGAAUAUUCGGCUUGCCCGGGGAUGAUGCUCAGCCAGAAGAUUAAUUUCACUCUCACAAAUCACAAUGCAUGCUGUAGAGCCAUAGAGUCUCAUGAAUCUGAAGAGUAAUAUAGUUUCCAUUUUGGUGUCACGUAGUGCAAUAGAAUCUGACGGUUCUUAACCUGCCCUGUGAUCAUAUGGUUGCCGUUCAGACUUGAUUAACUUUCAAUGAGAACAGUUUUGUUGUACCAUUCCUGUAUCCGUUGCUGCUUGAAAAGAAGAUUUGUACUCUUCUAGUUAUUCAAUCACAAUGCAUCGUGUUAGGCAAA